GGUUGAUGGCUUUCGCGUUUGAAAGGAACAGAAAUUUAUUUCCAUAGACACAGUUCUUUCACUGGAGUUUGUGCAUUCGCCCAGGCCCAGUCGAGUUCGUAUGUCGCAGCACAGAUCCUGAGUCAGUGUCGUCCUUCACAAACGACCAGUUCGUGUUCAGAUUUCGAAGUACGGUAGCCAGGCCGGAGCGCAAUGGCCUCGGCCGCGGGUGGCGAGAACGUGGGUUCGGGCACCAUCGAGGUCCGCGUUGCUGGCAGUACGCUGUUGGUAAAUCCUGCGGAAAGAUGGACGAAAACAUGCCAGUACUUGCAGAAAGGACUCAAUAAACCGGGCGUUGUGUUUGCGUAUCGCUCUACGGACUCGAACUACGCAUUGAUCACUUCAGACAGCGUAUGGAAGCAUGCACUGGAUACUAUUGUGCAGACUGGGCCGACGCGAUUUCUGAACUUGAGACUGGCAUCGGACGAUGCCAAAUACGAGUCAUCAACCUCCACUGAUGGACAGGGCGCAUCUUCAACAGGUUGCUGUAGUAAGCCUGCAGCCAGCAGCUGUUGUGCACCGCCCGAAGACAUUAAGAAAUGCUGCCACCCCAUAGCCGGGGAGUUCAGCAAGCCGAAGGAUGCACGCAGCCUUGUCAGCGAUGACUGGAGCGUGCUGCAACCGCCAGUGUUUACCGGCGAUGAAUGCUUCAAGUGCGAGAAGAUGUUUGACACGGAGAGUCCUGUUGGAGACACUGCACCGCCUAAGGUUUCCAACCCAAACCUACCCCAGUACAAGUAUGCUGGUGAGGCGCUCAGAGCUUGCCAGCUGCCACUUGGCCCAAUCGGCGGUGGUGUGAUUGCAGUUGGUGGAGACGGAGGGUUGCGACAGUGGCAGGUGGUGAACGAAGUCAGCCAUAACGGCCAUGUGCCGGAUUCUUUCUGGGCAAUCAAGACUGAAGUCGGUGGUAAAACGCAGUGUAAAGUGUUGCAGUCUGAUGCACUGUACGACGACAAGGGUUUCGUACCAGCGUAUCAUAUCACCGAUCACAUCGUACCACCUGCCUCCAUUGAGCUGCUGAAAGCGCUGCCCGGCAUUCCGGAAGUGGAGAUCACAGCCAAGUAUCCCGUCGUGGAAGUUGAUUACCCCAACACUGGACUGCCGGUGGAUGUGCACAUGACUGCUUGGAACCCGUGCAUUCCGCUGGAUCAGAACAGGAGUGGAAUACCCAUCAUCAUCUUUGACUUUGAAAUCACCAACAACACUGGAGAGGAUGCCCAGGUCACGUUGUUGAAUUCACAGCAGAAUAUGGUUGGCUGGGAUGGCCAGUCUCCUAUCACCAAUGGCGUGAACAACCGUAACUAUGGCGGAAAUUCCAAUGCGCUUGCCAAGCUAAAUGAUAAUCUGACCGCCAUUGACAUGUUCAACACCAGUCUCUCUGACCCGGACAACAAUCACUACGACAGCCAUGACGGCCAUUUUGCAUCUUGUGUUGCAUCGGAGGACAAUGAUGUAGUGUCAUCGCUGCUGCAGUUCUACUCGCUGGAGACUAUGUGGGAACUGUUCACCAGUGAAGCCGGGCUCAGGGACAACGGACUGCACGGUCCUUCACCGGUGGGUCGCACUUGGGAUUCUGCCUUGUCGUUGACACGUAAGGUUCCGGCAAAGUCCAAAACCACUAUCACGUUCUACUUGGCAUGGCACUUUCCGCAUCGUAUGACGAAUUGGGGUCAGCCAGGCUAUAGGAACAUCUCUGAGAUGUACGUUGGCAACUACUAUGCCCAUCUCUAUCCUGACAUCAAUUCUUUGCUGAAGUACACACAUGACCAGAUUGACGAUCUGCGGUUACUGACCAUGGCAUUCAGAGACUGUAUGUUUGACAGCACAUUGCCAUGGCAACUCAUUGACAGUGCAGCGGGCCGAGUGUCGCCAAUAAGGUCUCCAACUUGCAUGUGGCUUGGCGAUAAUCGCCUCUAUGCGUUUGAAGGUUGUCGGCAAACUGAAGGUUGCUGUCCGCUGAACUGCACUCAUGUCUGGAACUACGAGCAGUCGCUGGCUAACCUGUGGCCCGUCUUGGAGCAAACCAUGAGAGACGUCGACCUCUCUGCUGGACAUCAGGUUACACCAGUGGGACGUCUUGUGUCGCGAAUCAAUGUUCCCCUGGAGUUGAAACCUACUUGGAUGUACUGGGAUAAUUACGACACUGACUUGAAGAGCUGCUACGUGUGUGUGGACGGUGAGCUUGGCGGAGUGCUGAAGUUGUACAGAGAGUAUCGAUUGGGUGCAGGUCUAGGCUUCUUGAAGACAAUGUGGCCCGCCGCCAAGGCAAUCAUGAACAGAUGGAUGACUGUGAACGACCAGGGCGAUGGUACAAUGAAGAUUGCACAGCCAAACACAUACGACACGGCCAUGUACGGUGUCAACACCUUCAUCGGGGCGCUCUAUCUCUGUGCACUGAAGGCGUCAGAGAAGAUGGCCUUGCUGGACGAUGAUGAGGAAUUGGCCAAGACGUUUGCUGACCGCUACGCGCUAGGACGACAGUCUCUUGACAGCAAGUGCUUCACGAACAGCCAGUGGUACACGCAGCAAGUGGAUCCGGAAGCACAGAUCAAGAUUGUCGGAGAGUCUACGUUUGUGGACUGUCUUCUUGGCCAAUGGUGGGGCUACAUUCUUGAGCUCGGCGACAUUCUGCCCUUGGACCACUGCCAGAGCACUGUAGUGAACAUCUUUGCUCGCAAUCACCGUGAUUCGUUCGUUCCGAGCGAGCAAUCACCACGUCCGUUCUAUGACCAACGCGAUGCUGGCAUGGUCAUUGGCUGCUGGCCUGACGGUGUCCCACCACCGAACAGACUCACGUAUACAACGGAGUGUGCGUGGACUGGUCUCUCUCACUACUUUGCCGGUCUGUGCAUGUACAUGGGACAGAACGAUAUUGCCAUGCAAGUUUUGGAGGAUGCUCGUUACUGCUACGAUGGUACCCGCCGCAGUCCGUGGAAUGAGAUUGAGUGUGGUGACCACUACUCACGCCCAAUGUGUGCCUUCCAGCUCUUUGCUACUGCGUCAGGCAUUACUUGGGAGGCCUUACCCGACACUGGCGGUCUGCGUGUUGGUUUCAAGCCUCGCAUCGGACCCAACAACUACCGCGGCUUCUACAACCUGCCCAAUGCUUGGGGACAGUUCUCUCAAACUGCCGAUGACGUCUUUAUGAGCGGGACUGCUCAGAUCACAGCUGCUUACGGUACACUGGCCAUUGCUCAGCUCUGGUUGCCCUUCCAGAACGCUAACUUGGAGCAGAUCGCCGUGGAGCUCGGUUCAAAAAGCUUUCCUGUGGAGAGUGCUGAGCUGAACACGGAAGGGUAUCUUCAGCUGAACUUCUCGGGUCUUGUGCAACUCAACCGAACCAACACGCCGCUGAAGGUUACCAUAACGACAUCGGAGUGAUUGCUAGCCUUGCAGAUGGGAAAUGUGAGUGGCGCAAGGUUUUUUUAUUUCGAAUGCCGUCCACAAUCACUACUCGUAACUGGGACUGUACAUUCCGAAUGUUUACGUUUCACCCAAUUUUGCUUUGUAUCUUAUCACGUAUGCGCUGGUAUCUUGCUGUGUCUUGCCUCUGUUACCAUUUCCCUAAUAUCUACCCUAUACUGCCUGAUUCAAAGUUAGUACCGCUUCUUUUCUUACCGGGUCAUAUACACCUUUUAAAAGAGAAAUUAGGUGUAUUUGAUAGAAAAAUAGCUUUCUAUCCACACUAUGCAUGUACAUGUGUGUGGGUAAUUGGCAAGACCCAUUCUUUGGUGAUGUUCCAGCAUUUAUUUUUACAUUUUCCAUACUCUUCUGCUUUGUGACCACUGGCGAUAAACUAGACAUUGUGCUCUGAGCCUCGCAGUCGGGGUUUGCAUCGUAACAUUCAGCGUCGAAUUCGAACUUGCGUGAGACUUUAUGCAGAAUGCCGGGAUCACCAUUGCAACUUAUUAUUAUAUUUUUCCUUAUUCAUACCUCACCAUUGCUACAGGCUAUUGUGGUGUUGAUGGUAAUGCGGCCCCUAGUGCUGGUGCCAUUGUAUUCCAUUGCAUUACUAUCGUUAUCAUAACACUGGGCAGGAUUUUCCAUUUCACUUGCCAUGUAAAUAGAAUGAAUGCAAAAUACAACUACUGCCCCUGUC